CUCCUCUCGUAGCCCUCGGAGGAAGAUGAGUAACCAGCAGCCAGGAUCGCUAAAUCAUGGCAACAUUUAUGGAAAGACUUGCUUUUCUUCAGAAAGUCCCCACUCUGAUGAAGGCUACAGCAGAUGAUGAAAACCCCUGCCCUGGCUACCUUUUCCAAGACAUUGGGAAAAUCUCCCAUGAGUCUUCGGGAUGCGGUCAGUGUUUGUUGGAGUAUCUUCUGGAGAGGCUGCAGGUGGAGUCCUGCCAUGUCAAACUAAAGGUGCUGAAGAUCUUUGUCCAUCUCUGCAGUCAUGGUUCGAACCAUUUCCUCACAGAACUGCGAAGGAACUCCACCUUCAUCCAGCAGGCUUCAGUUUACAGCGGCCCUCCUGAUCCUAUCCACGGCACAGCGUUGUACCAGAAAGUUAGAAACACCGCCCAGGAAGUGGCCAGGUUGCUUUUCACAGAAACAAUUACCACCAAGGGCAGUGUCUCCCCACUCAACCUAGCCCCUCCAACAAUGGGGAUGGGCUCAGCAACCUCUCACAGGUCAGGAAUGCAGGGCUUUGGAUACAGUCCUGGAAAGCAGGCAACAGGUGGUGACUCUCUGCUGGAUAAGAUCCAGAAAGCUGCAGAGGUGGUGGCGAGUGCUGUCCUCCCCCCGACCGAACACCAGGGCAUCCGUCUUCACGACAACUAUUACCGGGCCGUAGCUGCACCCUCUGCACCCAUAGAGGUGGCCGUGCCGGCGUGUGCCUACAACCUGCCCGCUCACACUCCUAAAGCAUCGUCCCAGCGGUGCCCGGGUCAGGUGGGCGGCGGCUGGGAAGAGACAGAUAGCAGCAACGGCUCCUCCCACAACUCCUCUCAGGACAUGGCGCCUAACAGCAAGUCCGCUGGGACCGGGAGCCAAUCGGGAGCCAGUAGAGAGAGCAGCGGGGACCUAUCAGAGCGGGGGGAGGCCUUGCAGUUAGGGGACUGUGGCCAGGAGAUGGCGCUGAUCAGCAGACUGACGGAAGGCUCCAAAGCUUUCCUGUCCAGAGAGGAGAGCCAGCACUUCAUCAAAGAGUGCUCCAUUCUCAACUGUGAGGUGGUGGUGGAGCUGCUCUCGAGUAAGCUGCAAGACCCCUCACACACCGUUAAGAUGCGGGCUCUGUGUGCUGUUUCAUGCCUGAUGACCUCUGACCUCCUCUCUCUGGAACAAAUGUUUGCAGCUACACAAAGACGGCUCCGGCAGCUGAGUGAGGGGCCUCCAGGGCCAGUGGCUAACAAAGCCACCAAGAUCCUGCGGCAGUUUGAGGCUCUGAUGGGAGGAUCUGCACACCCCCCCAGGCAGGAAGCAGCUAACAUCCAUCAGGCAACUACUCAGCAGCUUCCUGCAGCUACAUACUUAGACCCUUUACUACCAACCCAGUCUGAUAACCACACCACCACCACACUUCAACAGCUCGACAUCUCACCCACAGGUGUCACCCCGCCACCAAAUCACCCAUCUUCUCCCUCUAGUCUGGUGGUCCAGAUAGACUCCUCAGUGGAGCUGAUGGAUGACGGUGAAGCGGGGAAACUUCCUCCCGUUCUGCACGAGUCAAUGGAAAACCAGGUGGAGUCGGACAGGACUGCCGAGGUUCACUCCGUCUCUGAAGAAUCAGAGCGUCUCACAGACGGCUCUUCGCCUUCAGUGGAGUCUCAGAGCGAGCAGCCCUGUCUGAGCAGACUGUCUCUGUUCAGCGGGAUGCAGCUGGUGACUAAAGGGAAGCCGCUGUGUAAAAGACAGACAUCCCAGACAGCGGUGGACACAAUGGACGACAGCUUAAAGGAGAACCAGGCUCUGCAGAACGGCAGUAAACCCAGUGACGACGCUGCUCUAAUUUGCACUUCAGUCGUGUGUGACAGCAGCCAACCAGUGUCGGCCUUUUCAUUUCUCAACUUUUGACCAAUGACCAACUUUUUGAAGCUGUCGCAGUUAAGCCAAUGAUGUCAUUAAGUUAAGAAAUCUAUUUAAUUCAAAAUCAAGAUCAGAUCUCUAAGAUUAUAUAGACAGAGGAUUUACAUUAUGUUUGGAUUGUGUGUAUGGAAGCAGAGAGGGUGUUUUAGAGUCAGUGCAAUCCACGGUUGAGAAACCCCUGAACUCUUCAGACAAUUAGCUGUCUGCCGUUUGUAGGUUGAGGCCUAAUUUUCCUAAUAAGUAUUAAACAAUAGUGCUUGAAUUACAGGUUGUUAUAGACGGUUGCUUUAUCUCAGGAUUCCUUUUAGCUGGCUGAAGAAACUCUAACGCCUCUGCAGCGAGCUCUAAACCUCAGAGGGAGAACGCCCUCCAUUUGUUAUUUGCACAAUUGCUUUUUCUUAUGGACUCGUAAAUCUGAGCGUGGUCUUCCAUAUUUUUUGGUACUUACCUCAUAUGUCAGUGUAAACGUCAUGAGUGUUAGUUUACAACUUAUUUAUUGCGUCUACCCAGUAAUGAUUAACAGCCGUCUGAGAGCGCAUGUGAACGGCUAAUAAGGAGUUUAUUAUUUGGAUAUUGUGUGUGCGCUGUAAACCUGAAAGUUACCGUAACUCUAAAAUGUAAGGCAUCUGAUGGCCUUAGUUAUUUCAAAUUGAUCCAAAGUUCUCAGAUCCAAAAUAUUAUAUAUCCAUUGCUACAAAAUGAAGAGGAGAUCACUUUACGGCAGGCAUUCGGGUGCUUUCCUGAGUGCCGUUACUGAAAUCAGAUGCAUAAACAGAAGAAAUAAAUACAGGGAAAUGUGUACUUAGAAUUAAGGCUAACUUAAUCUGCAAAAUUGUCCAAGUAAAUAACAAAUGACUAGUUAAAAUAUCAAAGGAACUCCAUAUAUUCACGUUGGGAUCAUUUUUGACUAAGUUUACACUACUUCCUCUUUUAAAUUGUUAACAUUUGGGUUUAUAGUGAAGGGAUAACAAUUCAUAAACAGUUGUUUGAGUAACCAAAUAAAAGGCAGAUUAAGUUCUGUUUAAUCGUUGUUCCGGUCACACUCUGUACUGCAGUGCUGAGGAAUGUGGCUCACACUGCACGCCAAAAGGGUAAUCCUGCCUACCGAUAUGUACAAUGAAUUCCACUGAUGCAUUUCAUUUCAGUGAACAUGAACUAUGCCGAGUAACCAUAAAACCUGUUGUAUUUCUUACAGCACAACUGCUACAUAAAGGUUCAACUGCAGACCCAGCUUUCAGCAACACCUUUAUUCUUCAGUCUUGUGUUUAGGAAUAUUACAUAAAAUAUGAGUCCCUUUCACAUCUCUCAUUUUAUUUGCAACACAGUGUACUGGUCAUUCUCAAACCAUACAUACAUACAUACAACAGGUAUGGCUGACAGGCGUAUACACACUCAGACGAUGUGUAAAACGUUACACACACAGCGUUCUUCUCUUGAGGCUGUUUUAGUGACGCUCUGUUCCUCACGCUGCCCGAGUCCCGUUCUCUCACGGCUCUAUAAUUAGCCGGCGUCUAAUCUGAGGUUGGGUUUUGGUGGAGCGGCUCAUCUGUUCCUUUACCUCGGACCCACUGACCUGCCACAAACACUCAAAGCAUGUUUAAAUACACUUUAAUUUAGAGCGGAAAACCCCCAGAAUAAUCAUUUGGAUAUCAAUUACUCUCACCGUGUUACCUUGGAUUUGUGUUUCUCACAUCCAAAUGUGAAAGAAGAGUCAAACAUUUUCAAAAAUCUCGAUCAUUUACCGAUUAUUGCCAAUCGUGUGCAGUAAUAUCCAAGUUUCAUUAAAUGAGAGUUUGAGAACGGAUGAUUUGACACAGUUCUGAUCUCGUUAUCGUGCAUUUUGAUUUACCAAAGUGUUUUUGUGGGUGAAUUAUUUCUUUAAGUUUGCCACUUUGAUAGGAGAGAAAUAAAGAAGCCCUAAUAUUUAA